GCGCUGGAGGAGGCGGCGGCAGUCCUGGCGGAUUCGUCGGCGCGCUCGAUCCGCGCGGCGUUGCGGGACGUCGUGCGCGAAGCCUUCAAGCUCAACGCGGCGGCAGCACUGGGGGCGCGGCAUGGCCCGGCCGCGCUGGCAGCCUUCGUGAGGGUGUUCACGCGCGGCCGACUUGCUGCAGCAGACGCCGCGCUUUGGGGCGCCGCCGUGCUCGCGCCCGACAAUCAGGGCAAACGGCGGCCUGACAGGUCGUGGAAGUUCCGACCUGUGGGCUUGAUGGAGGCGCCAGUCAAGUUUGCCGAAGGCAUCGCUGUCGGCAAGUACCCCGCAGCGGUCCGGCGGCGGAUCAAUCCCUCGGCACUUGGACUCGCGCCGGAAAGGGCCCCCAUGCACAUCAAGACGUUGCGCGGGUGGGCUGCUGCCAUGGCCGCGCCUGCCGCGCGCGCAGAGCCGGAGGCCCCCGGCGAUCCGCUCGUCGCAGCUCUUGUCGACAAUGCGGCUCUCACGAAGAUCGAUCUAGAGAACGCUUGCGGACGACUGCAGCGGGCAGGCGCACCCCGCCGCGUUCGCGAGGUAGCUGCGCCGCCGGCGAAGCUGCUGGCCCUGCAAUGGAAGGCGGGCUCGACCCGGAUAUGGAUCCGCGUCGGCGACGCUUGGCGCUGCCUUGAGGUCUGGACGGGGGGCGUCCAGGGCUCGUUCCUCAUUAAGCUCGCGUUCGACAUCGUGAUUCACGCGUUCCUCACAGGUGACGUCAUUGCCGAGCAGCGCCGCGCACCUGCAGGCCUGCCGGUGACGAUCGGCGUUGCGGACGAUUGGGCGUCCGCCACGCUGCGGAUUGUUGUCGACUGGCAGCCUGCCCUGGCUGCCGAGAACCAGCGCCUAGUUCCCGGGCGGUGCGCUGCUUUCCUGCCAGCGGUCGACAGUGGGCUGGAGCCGCUGAGCCAGCGCGGCGCGGAGCUCUGCCAGCUCGCGUCGAGGUCCUUCGGUGGCUUGAAGGCGGCAUUCUGGGCACGCCGCGCCUCCGUCGAGGCGGACGUCCUGACCGUCUCGGCAGGCUUGGGGCGCCCUCUCGCCACCCACCCGGAUGCGCCGGCAGCGGGCCGCGCGCGGGGCGAGCUCGAGUCCGCCGGUAUCUGCGUGCGCUUGGGCCGCAUCGCCUUCACGGAUAAAGCGCGGCUCGAAUAUGAGGCGGGCCCGUGGGCCGCCCAUUCUCCAACCGAAGCUGUCUUCGACUUCUGCGCGGAGGCGGGCGACAUCCCUGGUUCUUUUGUGUCGCUGCUUGCCGCCAGCCAGGACCCAGAGGCCGAGGGGCGCGCCCGCGGCGGCCGGCGGUGGCUGGCUGCGCGGGCGCACCGGGAUCCGGCUGCCCUCGCGGCGACGUGGCCUUGGCGUCGCUCAUCCGCGCCGCGGCGGGCGCACAUGCCUGCAGGUGGCGGGCUGGGCGCGGGCGCCUUCUCGAACGGCUUCACGCGGGAGGGCGAGGCGGUGCUGAGCGAUGCUGCGUUCGUCGUCGUGUUCCGACGCCGUCUGCUGCUCGAUUUGCCAGGCGCCCCAACAACGCGCGCCUUCGAGUACUCCCGGCACGCGGCCUCUGGCGAGGAGGGCCAGCAAGGCGCGUGCGGGCGCCCCCUGGACGUCGCUGGCUACCGCGCUUUGCGUUGCCCAGUCGGGCCGCAUCGCAGCUGGCAUCACAGCGAGGUCGCGCGGGCCCUCGCCGAGUGGAUAUCCUCCCACGGCGGGCACGUCGACAUCGCGCGCUGCGUGCCCGAGUUGCACCGCAGGCGCGACGGCGGUGUCAUAGAGGAGCGGCUGGACCUGGAGUGGUUGGUCGGCCACGCAGCGGCGGACGCGGAGCGCCGGAAACGCGACCGCCACGGCGCCGCGGCCUGGCCUUUCGCCGCGGAGGCCGAGGGGCGCUUGGGCGCGGCGGCGCAGCAGUUCAUCGCGGCGUCCGCGGCUGCGGCCCGCCACGUGGCCACGCUGCCCGGCGAGCCGGGUGGGCAGCAGGGUGCCGACUAUGCACGGCAGCUCGCCUCGCGGGUGUCAGGCGCGCUCGUGGCGCGCCUCGCCGACCUGCUCCUGGCGGCGAUGCCAG